AUGGGUAUACGAUCACAGUUGCAUCCAAGUGGUAGGGUUUUGUUGGGUUUUAUGUUUUUGGAAGGUGGCACCUUGGGUGCCUUGUAUCUGAUCUCCUCAGUACCUCUGGAUGUUCUCGUCGCUGCUAUUGGACGUCCAGAGCACCCUGGAUGUGUCUGUGCUGCUAAAGUCGAUGUCACCAUCAAGCAAUACUUUGGAUCGGCUCCAUGGACCUCUCACAGCGCUUCCUCCCUACCUCUUGACGAAUUGCAGCAGCUAACCCAGCAAAUCAGGGACCAGCUAAAGGAGUCCAUCAUAGAGAAAGUGACGAGCCAGGUAGUUGUGUCUCCGUCAAAACCACCUUCGAAGCUCGAUCCGGAGGAUUUACCAGGCUUCAUGGAAUCCCUUGUGAAGCAAAUGUCUGUAAAUCUUAAACGCAUUCAUAGCUUAGGGAUAAAAAAGGUAGCAGUUGGGUUAUUACAGCCAAUUGGGUGUUUGCCUGUGUUAAAUGUGAUAUCUUUCCGUACGAACUGCAUUGGCCUUUUGAACGUGAUCUCCAAAGAUCACAACAAAAUGUUGCUCAAAGCUGUGCAAGAACUCAACAAGGAAGCAGCAGACAAAUCAGUUUUCAUAACACUGGACCUCUACAACUCCUUCCUCUCUGCAAUUGAAACUAUGCAGAAAAAGCGUGCAGAAAAGUCUACACUGAUGAAUCCGUUGCAACCAUGCUGUGAGGGAAACAAUUUGGAAGAUUCAUGUGGAAGUGUGGAUGACGAAGGAUCAAAGAAAUACAGUUUAUGUGAGAACCCGAAACAUUCUUUCUUUUGGGACACACUUCACCCUUCUCAAAAUGGUUGGUUUGCAGUCUACACCCAAUAG